AUGGAUCAUUUUUCGUGCAACGAAGUCGAAGAUUCUUCGAAAACAGCGCUGAUCUUGUUCUCUUCUGGAACCACCGGUUUGCCAAAGGGUGUUCAGCUGCCGCAGAGAGCGUUACUGAACAUGUUGCAAAAACGCGAUAGCGUUAAUCUCAGUGCUCAUCUACCUCUGUGGUUCAGCUCUCUGUACUGGGUCAGUGCAUCGCUGCUUAUUCUUACCAGCCUUUACUCUCGCUCCACGAGAAUCCUCGCGCCGGAAUUCGACGAGAAGACAACCUGCGAAAUUGUCGAGAAAUUUCAGGUCACGUGGAUGCUGCUGAGUACCAGUAUGUCGAAUCGAUUUGCUCGUUUCAAUCGUUUGCACGACUAUAAUCUUUCCAGUCUAAAGAUUCUUUUCACCGGGGGCGCUUCGUUGAAUAAAGAAUCUCAAGAUUUGCUGAGGAAACAGUUGCCACAUACGACAAUUUUGCAGGCAUACGGUAUGACCGAGCUUGGCGGACUAGUUUCUUCACAAUUAGCAAACUCCAGCAGCGGAUCCUGCGGUGUGGUGAACGCAAAUUGUGAAAUAAAAAUCGUGGAUCCCGAAACUGGGAAGAUGUUGGGUGCGAACCAAAAUGGCGAACUCUGCGCGAAGUCAGCGACUAUGAUGACUGGUUAUUACAAGAAUCCUGAAGCUACGAAGAACAUCAUGGACAAGGAUGGAUGGUUGCACUUGGGGGAUUUAGGUUACUACACCGACAAUGGAGAAAUAUUCAUCGUGGACAGAUUGAAGGAAAUCAUUAAAUACAGAGGACAACAAAUAACGCCAAAUGUUAUUGAAAAUCUCCUGCAAUCUCACCCUGCUGUCUUAGAAGUGGCAGUGGUUAGUAUACCUCAUCCAACGGAUGACGAACAUCCUAUUGCAUUCGUUAGCAAAGUAAACGAUAAAGACGUUACCGCGGAAGAAUUGAUGCAAAUGGUCGCGAGUAACCUAAUGGACCACUACAAACUACGCGGCGGAGUAAAAUUUUUGCCGAAACUUCCUCAUACGCAUUCCGGGAAAAUUUCAAGGAAGGAACUUAAAGCAAUUGCGAAAUCGCUCGCGGUUCACUGAAUUAAUUUCAGAUAAAUUAUAACAGUACAAACAACGGGGUAUGCGUUACGUGUUUCAUGAAAGUAUCGCUGUUUUUUUUUUUCUAUUUUUACCGACAGGACAAAGUAGAAGUAGUAUUAAUCUGAAGAAAAAUAGAGAAGAAAUUAUCGAGAAAAAUUUGA